ACAUUUUAAAAUAUGUUUCCAACACAUCAAAGUUGUUUAUUGAAAUUCUGUAAUAUGGUAACAAAGUAAAUUAGGGCGGAAGUGUUGUUGAAUUCGGUUGCAUGCGGUCAACAAAAUGCGCAGAAAUGUUAGCAGAAGCCAAGCAAGAAGUCGUAGUCCAAUGUGGUACAACGCAGCUGCUCACUAUGCACUGAAGGGCUGCCUUGCUGCUAAUCCCUUGACAGCCAAUCGAGGCCGGGCCCCUUUAAGGUGCAUGGCCGGCCAGACCAACCAAUUUAUAUCGCCUCAAUACCCGUCGAGAAACAGGAGUAGUUCGCCUCAACGUCGUCGCCUACUCAGCAGUUCCACGAGAAAUGUGUUCUUGGCACCCAGGACUAGACCACAAACAAAGUCCCGCACAGAAGCGCCGUACGUGGUGGAUAUGCAACGACCAAUUCAUAACUUUGAGGCGUUGGAGAUAAGUCGAAGUUUUUGUCCGAAUGACAACGAACAAGAGUUGGCUAAAAAACAGGAGGAAAAGUUACAAAAUGUUGCGCCGUUGGACAGAUCAGGCUCCAGGGAUAUGUUGGCAUCAGAUGCGUUACCACUAAUUAUGGUGGAUGCACAGGUAAAGAGAAGAAAGCCCUUAAAGACAACACAGACUGCAAAAAAAAUGCGCUCUUCGAAAGCGUCAAUCACUAGCAAGGAAAGGGAUGAGCUAGAGCAGCAGACCAAAGUUACAAAAAACGAUGCAGAACCAGAGGAUGCCGGGGCGGAGGAUGCCGAGGCAGAGGAAGCAGAGGCGGAUGCCGAGGUCGCUGAUGUCAUCGAAUACAAAGCCGAACCACAAACCGAAACCGAAGCAGAAGCAGAACCAGAUGCAACAACAGCUCAGGAUCCACUGGUGAAUAAUUUGGAUUUUAGUCAAACAUUAAAAUGUGAAUGCCCAGGAUUUAAUGAUCCCAAAAGUCCAGUGAAUGUGCAUGAAGAGAUCGGAAAUGAGAUGAGUGUGGUAGCCGCUUGUGAGCUAACCGAGGAGAAAUAUAUAUGCUUUGAAAGUGCCGACAUGAACCAGAGGAACUUAGAGGAGCUAGAUUUGGAGCAAAGCAGCUUCUGGCGACCCGCUCCAACAUUCUACAUGUCGUCAUUCAUGUCGCCGGGUCAGCUGGGAAAGACUUCCUGCAUUAAUGCGAAUCAGCCAACGAACUACGGAUGUCAGCAGUGCCAGACCCAGUCAAGCAGCAGAAUGAAUAGUGGCUGUCCGUGUAGCAAUUGUGGCUGGAGCAGGCCGGCGUGCAUGCCACAGCAACACAACGGCUAUGCGGGCCCACAGAUGCAGCCCAGCUCAUGCUGCAACAUGACCAGCCAUCAGAGGCCAUCCGUGCCAGUGCUCCACCGGGUGCCGGUUCAGAGUAACCCAUCUGGUCUGACGGAAAUGCUGGCCCAGCAGCUACAGACUCAAAUGAAACAGGCUCAGGCUCACAUCGAUCAGGUCCAGAUGCAAUUGAACAAAGUCUGCGCCACAAAGCGAAUGUGGGCGCUGCCUCAUACGACGAAUGACAGAGAGCAGGACGCCUGUUGCACUUCGAAGGCGAAUCAAAUCGAUAGAAAUCCUCCACUGUCAGCGGACAUCGAAGAGACACCGCCAAGACAUUCAGUGCCGUGUGUCAUGCAACCUCCGGUUUUAGCCUUUGGUUUCUAUGCCAGAAACGAUGAAAAUAAGCCAUGCACGCCGUACUUCAAUGCAGCAGGUUCAGCGCAACACCAACGAAUAUAUACGCCGCAACAGAAUCCGAUGCCAUUUUCACAACAACAACAAUUUCCGCUGCUGCAGCAGCAGCAGCAACAGUCGCAGCUACCGGGCAAUCAAUAUAGACAACCCUGUUGCCGGCAGCGUUAUGCCAAGAUGCGUUUCAUGAUGCCACGCUGCUGGCCGGGUGGCCAAUAGGGCGGCCUGUGCUGGCAACUGGCUGGCUUUACCCACGGAAAGGGGUUCGUAAGGUAGCGUGCCGUGUACAGCGAGAAGGGAGUGCAACAGCGGCCCUAUGUAUAAGGUACGAUACGUUACAGACUCGAUUUAACGGAGAGCUUCACCCAGAUUUGGGCUACAUUCAAUUUGGUCAAUGCAUCCCUUUCGAAUGUAUCACAAAAUUUGUCCAGUAUGAAUAAAAGUAUCUUACGUUGUGAGCUUGCAGCAAGAAUUAACGUAACAUGAGGAUAAUGUUAAA